CAUCAAAUACUCUUUGCAUGAUGUUGAGUUAGUAUUCCCUUUAUAACAAAUGUACAAAACUCUUGACGCCAAUACUAUAGAACGAUAUAGAUACUGUAAGACUUAAAAUAUACAAUGAUGUCAUCAAGUGGAAUUCGAGAUAUUUGCUGAUAAAAGAAUAAACAAGCUUAUCUAGAAAAAAAAAGGUUUAUUGAUCCUUUUAAGAACAGUGAUUAAACAAAUCAUACAAUAGGUUAUUUAUUCAAACAAGAUAAAUUGAUUCAAUUCGUUACCAAAAGGGAAUAACGCAAAAUGAUUUAUAAUUAGCGUAUGUAUGGUGUAAUGAAGUCUCAAUGGGUUAUCUAUAUUCAAGUAUUCUGGUCCUCAUUUUAUGCAUAUAUACCAAGGAAACACAUAGUUCAAUAACAUGGUAUAUGGCUAACUCCCCAAUUGUGUUCGGUGGUGAUGUUGUGUUAUACUGCAAUGCCUCAAUUGUGGAUAAUUGCUGCACCAAUACGGCAACAUGGAUGAAAGACUUUGAUGUUAUUGUUCAUCAUGGAGCGUCAGCAGAUUCGUCUAAGUAUACAGAGGAACAAAACAGUGAUGGGUUUUCACUAGUAAUAAAAAGAUUUGAAAAAGAUGAUAUCAAUCACCAGUACACUUGCCUUUACGAUUUUUUCUCAUAUAGUGCAGUGCUGAAAAUAAACAAAAACAAUUACAAGUAUAUGCCUAAAGAAAACGAAACGCUAUCAAAUAUAACGAUGUUGGAUAACUUAAUUUUUGCAGAAAUCAUGUUUGACAUUGUAUAUCCAUCUCCAGAAUGUGUUCUUGUUGUAAAUGGAGACAAAAUGGCAACAAAUGUGACGGUAUCAGACGAAAUAUUAACAAGGCUAUUUUACAAACUGAAGCUCCGGCUUGUGUGUGAGAUACUCAAAAGUGAAUGCAUCGAUAGUAUUGCGAUUAGUUGUACAGUAGGAGGAGACCAGUUUGUCGAUCAUAAAAAUAUGUCUUAUUGUCCGGAUAUAACAACCUCCUUUAAUUCCACUGAAGAAUCGGAUUCAUUAUGGAAGACAGUUUUGCAAAUCACUUUUAUUUGCUUCGCCACUUUCUGCAUAGUUGUGGUUACAUGUGUGGUCAGAUGGAGAAAGAGAAGAAAAAGAAAACAAAAUUAUAUAUCUUUGGAAGGUGGCGUUGUACACUCUACGAAUAAUGUGAAUAGUCGUUCACGUAGGUUGAGAUCACAAUGUAAUAUGACUGAAGAAUUUGAAUUGAGUCCACUUAUUCAAGAACUUAUUCAAGAACAAGUACAUUCAGGUACAAACACCGAGGAGACAAAUAAAAGCUUACAAGAACAGGAGAUUAGAAAUGGUAUCACAUUUUUACUUUUUCGUAUUCUGAAUGAUAAAUUGCUGUAAUCAAAAUAUAAAUAUUGAUAUCGAAAUUAAUGAAACUUGGCAGUUUAAACACUUGAAAGCAUGAAUUCUUUCGCAUGUCGUUCCAUCCAUUCAAAACAAAAGGAAAUUAUUUCUACAUUUUACAUUUCAGUAACAAAAUUAUAUCAAAUUUUAUUCCGUCAGUUUGGACUGGUAAUAUACUUGUUAUACCUUUUGUUCCCGGGGUGUGGAUUUCAGUCCAUUUUGGAAGAUUUGUUUGGUAUUUCUCCCAGUAUACUUUAUUUUUUUAUGAAUUUUUUACAAUGACUUUGUUAUAUUGUUCCAAUUAUAAGACCUUACCAAUUUCCUAGACGAGGUUAUUAUUAUAUUUGUCAUUUUUUUACUGUACGGGUUAAUACGUUUUGUAACUAACCUGCCAUUAGCACUUUAUUCUGUUAAUCGAGUCAUUUUAGAUCUUAGCUAUAUCAAUAAUAAGGGCCUAGUGUUUGUUUUAUUUAAAGUAGAUUUUCCAAUUGGCAUCUUUUUAUUACACAAUAGAAUAAAAUGAAUGAAGUUAAACAUAUGAUUCCGAUAUUCUCGAACAUAAAAUGUUCCAAUUGACAUAUAUUGGAUACCAUCAGCCGUAAUUCUAAAUAAUAAUUACUUAUGUGGAGUUUCGGAUAUACCUUAGACUAUGAAUUUCCGAUAUUUUACCGUAUAGUCUUUCUAACUUUACUUCACAUACAAUCUAUGAUAUGUAGAACGUCUUUUUUUAUCGACGUAUUGGUGUUGUGAAAGUUGACGUAAAUUAGCAGGUUUUAAUUGGAAAAGAGAAAAGAGGAAAUGGUCCGGCUUUUUAAAUGAAAAUAUUUUUAGUGUAACCGAUUAAAAGGAUGUUGAUAAUCAGAUUUUGGUACAAUUGAGUAUUCUUUUAAUAUCGAAAAUUAAACAAUACAAAGACUUAUCAUAUUCCGAGUUUAGACUUUCAACGCAUUCAUCAAAGUGAGCAGUCAACUUAAUCAUAUCAUUUGAUGAAUGUUGAAGCGCCAUUCUUUGUACCAAGUACAUGUAUUGAACAUCAAAAGCAGAGUUAUUUGCGUCAUCAAUAAUGUUAAAUAAUCAAACACAUCGCU